ACAAAGAUAAGGCAUCGCUGACACCACACCGGGGACUGGGACGAGCUCACAGACAAGUCGGGCAGAAGGGACCAAAGCCAGGAGCACACAAGGCAGGAAAAUGAGGUUCCUGUCUUUCAGACGGCUCCUCCUCUACCAUGUUCUGUGCCUCACCCUGACGGAGGUUUCAGCCCAUACCGUGGAGCUAAAUGAAAUGUUUGGCCAGAUCCAGUCCCCUGGCUAUCCGGAUUCCUAUCCGAGUGACUCGGAGGUGACCUGGAAUAUUACUGUCCCGGAGGGGUUCCGGGUCCAGCUUUACUUCAUGCACUUCAACUUGGAAUCCUCCUACCUUUGUGAAUAUGACUAUGUGAAGGUAGAAACCGAAGACCAGGUGCUGGCAACCUUCUGUGGCAGGGAGACCACCGAUACCGAGCAGACCCCGGGCCAGGAAGUGGUUCUUUCGCCUGGUUCCUUUAUGUCUGUCACUUUCCGGUCAGAUUUCUCCAAUGAGGAACGAUUCACAGGUUUUGACGCCCACUACAUGGCUGUAGAUGUGGAUGAGUGCAAGGAAAGGGAAGAUGAGGAGCUGUCCUGUGACCACUACUGCCACAACUACAUCGGCGGCUACUACUGCUCCUGUCGCUUUGGCUACAUCCUCCACACAGACAACAGGACCUGCCGAGUGGAAUGCAGUGGCAAUCUCUUUACCCAGAGGACAGGCACAAUCACCAGCCCGGAUUACCCCAACCCUUACCCCAAGAGCUCUGAAUGUUCCUAUACCAUUGACCUGGAGGAGGGCUUCAUGGUUACCCUGCAGUUUGAGGACAUUUUUGACAUUGAAGACCAUCCCGAGGUGCCCUGUCCCUAUGACUACAUUAAGAUUAAAGCUGGUUCAAAAGUAUGGGGACCCUUCUGUGGAGAGAAAUCCCCAGAACCAAUCAGCACCCAGAGUCAUAGCAUCCAGAUCCUAUUUCGCAGCGACAAUUCAGGAGAGAACCGAGGCUGGAGGCUCUCCUACAGGGCUGCAGGAAAUGAGUGCCCAAAGCUACAACCCCCCGUGUAUGGGAAAAUUGAACCCUCGCAAGCCGUGUACUCCUUCAAAGACCAAGUGCUCAUCAGCUGUGACACGGGCUACAAAGUGCUAAAGGAUAACGAGGUGAUGGACACAUUCCAAAUUGAGUGUCUGAAGGAUGGUGCAUGGAGUAACAAGAUUCCCACCUGUAAAAUUGUAGACUGUGGAGUUCCAGCAGUGCUGAAACAUGGGCUAGUAACCUUCUCCACAAGAAACAACCUCACCACGUACAAAUCUGAGAUAAGGUACUCCUGCCAGCAACCCUAUUACAAGAUGCUUCACAAUACCACAGGUGUAUAUACAUGUUCUGCUCAUGGGACCUGGACAAAUGAAGUGCUCAAGAGAAGCCUGCCCACCUGCCUUCCAGUGUGUGGUCUCCCCAAGUUCUCCCGGAAGCACAUCUCCAGGAUCUUCAAUGGACGCCCAGCCCAGAAGGGUACCACUCCAUGGAUUGCCAUGCUGUCACAACUGAAUGGGCAACCCUUCUGUGGGGGUAGCCUUUUAGGUUCCAACUGGGUUUUGACGGCUGCUCACUGUCUCCACCAUCCACUUGAUCCAGAAGAGCCAAUCUUACACAACUCACAUUUGCUCAGCCCUUCUGACUUCAAAAUUAUCAUGGGAAAGCACUGGAGACGCCGCUCAGAUGAAGACGAACAGCAUCUGCAUGUAAAGCACAUCAUGCUCCACCCGCUGUACAACCCCAGCACAUUUGAGAACGACUUGGGUCUGGUGGAACUGUCAGAGAGUCCAAGGCUGAACGACUUUGUGAUGCCUGUCUGUCUGCCUGAGCACCCUUCCACUGAAGGAACCAUGGUCAUCGUCAGCGGCUGGGGGAAGCAGUUCCUACAGAGGCUUCCAGAGAACCUGAUGGAGAUUGAAAUCCCAAUUGUAAACUACCAUACCUGCCAAGAGGCCUACACCCCAUUGGGGAAGAAAGUGACCCAGGACAUGAUCUGUGCUGGAGAAAAGGAAGGGGGAAAAGACGCCUGUGCUGGCGACUCUGGAGGCCCCAUGGUGACCAAAGAUGCAGAGAGAGACCAAUGGUACCUGGUGGGCGUGGUGUCCUGGGGUGAAGAUUGCGGGAAGAAAGAUCGCUAUGGAGUUUAUUCUUAUAUCUAUCCCAACAAGGAUUGGAUCCAGAGGGUCACUGGGGUGAGGAACUGAGUUUGAAUCCCAGCCCAGCACCUACUGUAUGGUCAAUCACCAACAGAAGAUCAGCAAAUGCAAGCAACCUUUCCUCCCCGGGUCCUCGGUCUUCCCUGUCCAUUCCUGGGUGAUACUGGAAUUCAUUGAGUCCCCCUUUCCUCGCUCUUUAUAGAGGCAGAGUAGCAUAGUGGGGUCAGAGCAGAAGGCUGGAUCCAGGAUCCAUCACUUAAGAUUUUCAUAAUGACAGACAGCUGACUGCCUCUUUGAGCCUAUUCUUCAACAAUGAGAAGCAAGGCCCAGACCUUAUCUACCUCACAAAAGCAUGCUGAGGAGAAAGUUAAUAAUAAUGUAGUACUUAGUCUGGUGUUUGACCUAAACUACGUGUUCCAAAACUGUGACUUAGCAAAAGACAUCUGUGCCCAUGAGGCAGGUAGAGGUCCCUUAUAAACUCUUGGUUGGGUUUUAGGGAAGACUAGUGCCACCUCUCCACUCACCCUCAGCCCUUGCUUUAAUCUGCCCCCUAGAGUCUAAGCUUCAUCACCAAAUACCAUCCUCCCAAGCCCAGCCCCAAUCCCCCAUAAAAACGUAAACUAAAUAAAGUUCUUAGCCCUAUGACAUGAUUCCCAGUGACACACCCAGCAAUGUCGUUUGGCACUUGAGCUAAGUACCAAAUGGUAAGAGUCUGAGACAAGCAGGGGCUGGGUGGAUGGUGGGUUGUGAAGUCAGACAUCUGCCCCCAUCUCUCAUGUGACCCUCACUAUAAGUCUUUUCUUCUUGUUUUGAAGGUGCUUGUUAGCGCUAGAAUCCAAUGGAGUCACGUCCCCUAUGAUGAGUUAGAUUCAAAGUAAUCCAAAAGGGAAAUGUUCAUUAGGUUCAAAGGUCAAAAUUCUCCUGACCCUGAAAUUCCCACAGUGAUCCAGCAUACUCAUGUCCCAAAGGACAUAACCAAAGCCAAGUGCAGCCAAAGAUCUUCCCCUUGUUCUAAGUAUAGUGGCUUUCCUGAGUCCCAUCCCCUUUUUCACCCUCUAGGCAUGGGCUGCACAAGGCAGGCCCUGGCAGGCUCAGCCUCAAGCACUUGGACUCUCUCUUGCUCUCCUUCACCCUCGCCACAUCCUAGCUCAGCUUAGCCUGCCAUUUCUCUGAUUCCUGCCCCUUUGUCUCAUCCACCUGAGAACACUUGUCUUUGAAGAAGCUUCUAGAGACCUCAUCCAAGACAAGGUUUUCAAACAAACAGAAGCCCAGCCCUGAGUUUCUGUGUAUGAGAAUUGUUCUUCAUAGAAGACUUUGCCCCUUGGCCUGCAUUGCUGCUGCUAGAGUCCAGAAGAACCUCUGGUAAAUGAGGAAGACAGUGGGGAAUAAGGACUUGUGGGCAUUCAGCCCAAGGCUGCACACUCAGGGACAACAAUUCACCCCUCUACCCCUCAGAGCAAGGCACUCUAUUUCUAUACGCUUGGUUUUUAUGCAAAGAGAUGGCACAGAGCCAGGAAUCAGAUACUUCUCAAGCAAGCUGCUACUCUAUUUUAGUUCCUGAUGAAGAAUUUUGAUGUAGCCUGCCCAUUGCCAGCACUUCCUGAACAGCUUGCUGUUCCAGGUCAUGCUGACUGCUGCUGCAGCCUGCUGCAGUGAGGAGUGUACGGGUCAUGGCUUCAAGAUAUUCCUAGUGGAGCUGUGGCACACAUGUGACUUCGAUAUGCGGAUGACCCCUGACAAGUCUAUUUUAAGAGGCAUGGAGAUAGAAGAAAGCCUAAUGUUGUCUGUAACUUGAAGGGGAAUGCCAAGAAUCAGUCUAGAGGGAGUUGACCUUCGGAGAGUGUGCAUUUCUACAAGUGAAGCCAAGGAAACUCUUCUAGAAGAAGAACGGGAGUCCACUUCCAUUCAGAUACUACCAGCUCCUCCCACAGUUAUGAUAUUUCCAGGAAACCAGCAUUCAAGCAUGAGAAUCAACAUAUAAACCGGCCUCUUUCCAAAAUUCUUCAUCAGGAACUAAAAUAGAGUAAAUAAAUAUUCUUAUCAGAAUAUUCAGCACUUUAAAUGCCUCGGAAUUACCAUGCAGAUACCAACUUCUGGCUGAGCCCAGUUUAUCCUAUUUAUUCUCCUCCAAUUAUGACUUAAUCUUUAUCUUGAAAAAAUAACUAAAUGUCCCGUGGAACUUGAACAUCGUCCCACAAGUACCAGUUACAUGAUGUGGUGAUUUGGAUAAGAAUGGCCCCCAUUGGCUCAUAUAUUUGAAUGCUUGCUCACCAGAGAGUAUUGCUAUUUGAAAAGAUUAGGAGAUGUCACCUUGUAGUAGGAGUGGCCUUGUGGAAAAUAAGUGUCCCUGGAAGUGGGCUUUGAGGUUUUCAAAAGCCCAAGGCAGGCUAUCUCUUCCUGCUGCCUGUGGGUCAAGAUGUAGGAGUCUUGGCCACUUCUUCAGCACCAUGUCUGCCUGCUUAUCACCAUGCUCUCUGCCAUGGGAAAAAUGGACAAAACUCCUGAGGGGAUGAGCCAACCCCAUCUAAGUGCUUUCCUUUGUAAGAGUUGUGUGGUCACAGUGUCUCUUCACAGCAAUAGAACACUAAGACAGAAGUCUAGUUGCUGUUAUGGUCCAAGAGAACUGAUGACUUGAAACUAGAGACACGGAAGAAUGGUAUAACCAUGGAGACUUCCUUGUCUAAAUUCAUAACCAACUCACUACCUUCGAAUCCAGCCAGUUCCUAAACAACUCUAAAAUGUGCUGCCCAUAAGAAGGCCCGCCUUCCAGGCAACUGAAAUCUACCUCCCGAGAAGUUAAUUUGUAUAAUGAGAGCUGUGAUUUCACACCGUGAGUACUGGUAUUAGCAGUGAUGAUCGUGCCUGGGAUUCAUUAGUCAAAGAAGUUGUUGUUCUUAUGGGAAACUACACAUUCGUUCCAAUAAACAUCUGCAUUGAGUCAAAG